CAAGCCAAUGCACGGGGGCCCCCCGGCGCGGCAGGCGGGCGUCGCCGUGGCUGCGCUGACUUUUAGUUUUACUAGCUGAAUCAGUUGAGACGUGCGUCCUGUGCUGUGUGAUGUUGUUGUUAGCUGCUAUGUCCACGCAGCUACUUUGGAAUUCCUGAUAAUUAUGGGGAUUUUUCUUCGUAUGAUUGGUGCAGUUAUUGGGGUCCCUGUUGUUGCAGGCUGUGCUGCUGGCAUCUAUAUAAGACAUGACUUCCAGAAACUUCACAAGUCCAAAAGCCACACGUUUGAGUCGGCAGCUAAGCAGUAUACAACAAAUUGUAUCUUUGAGGUGAUUGGCAGACGUAUGAGAAAGAAGCUCGAUAAGGACUCUCAGAACUGUCAAAAGAUCCAGACGGAAAUCCUAAUGUCCCGGCUGCAGUCAGCAAGUGAAACAGUGUACGGAAAACAGUUCAACUUUGCUGAUAUCAAAUCCCCUGAGGAUUACUGCCAGAAGCACCCACUUACCAGGGCCAGUCACUACCAACCCUUUGUCCAAGAGAUUGCUUCUGGUAUGCAUCAUGUGCUUACUAAAGAAGAUCCCAUCAUUCUCGCUGUGACAUCCGGAACAUCUGGACACCAUAACCUUGUUCCAAUGAUCAAGGCCCAGACAGUGUAUUUCUUGCUGAAUGGUGUUACUGUCUGUCUGGACUCUGUGCGUAAGGCUAUUCCAGAAACACGCCACCUUCGGCGAACUCUCAAGAUAUUUUACAAUCCAAAGUCACGCACCUCCCCUGGAGGAGUCCCCAUCGGACCCAACUCGGCCACUCCAAAAUCAUCUGAGAAGUUCAUUGACUUGUACAGCACCCCCAUGGCCGCAUUCGAUAUUACAACUGAAAAGGAAGCUUUAUAUGCGCAUCUACUGUUUGCUCUUAAAGAUAGCGAGAUCGGGGCCAUCGAGGCAAAUUUUGUGCCUCUGAUACAUAAUGCCUUUGUGGAACUGGAGGAAAAUUGGGAGCAAUUGGUGCAGGAUAUUGCCCGUGGAGAAGUGCACCCUGAAUUGAACAUUCCUGAAGAUGUGCGGCAGAAAUUAAAUGCCCUCUUGAGUCCUGAUCCGGAAAGGGCUGAGGAAUUGAGGAGGGAGUUUGAGAGAGGUUUUGACAACAUUGCCAAGAGAAUCUGGCCCAAUGUUCAGGUCAUCUUAGCUGUGGAUUCGGGGGCUUUUCAGGUUUAUGGCAAUAUGCUGAGAGAAAAGUUCACCAAAGAUAUUCCCAUUUAUUCAUGCCUGUAUGCUGCCAGUGAAGGACUCAUUGGAAUCAAUAUCUGGCCUCAUGAUGAAGAAAGACGUUAUCUAUUAGUGCCCAGGAGUAUGUUUUGUGAAUUCAUACCAAUUGAGAAUAGUGAUGAAGAGCAACCCGAUACCCUCCUCAUGGAUCAGGUGGAGAAAGGAUCCACGUAUGAACUGGUACUGACCAACAUGAGUGGGUUCUACAGGUACCGCUUUGGGGAUGUGGUCCGUGUUACUGACUUCUACAAUAAAGCUCCUGUUGUUGAGUUUUUAUACAGACAAGGACAGUUGUUGAACCUGAGAGGAGAGAAGACUUCAGAGGAUGUGAUUUUCAAGACAAUCCAGAAAACCCUAGAUGACCUGGGUGAAGUAUCCCUAGUAGAUUACUCAACUGUAGAGAGCCCCUUACUCAAGGAGAAAGCCUGGAACAAGACUCCACAUUAUGAAGUAUUUCUUGAACUGGAAGGAAAGGUAUCAUCUGAAAAGGAUCUGGACAAGCUGGAUAAGAACUUGCGGGAAGCUUCUUUUGUCUACGACUCCUUCAGAGAAAAGGGCAGCAUUGGUCCUAUCAAGGUCCAUUUGGUCAAACCAGGGACAUUCAGGAAGUUAAGAGAACAUCUACUGACCAACACACAAGCCUCCAUCAACCAAGUUAAGAUUCCAAGAGUCCUGAAGGUUGACCAGUCAGCUGGUGUUCUGAUGGCAGGCAUAAUCUAGGGCAAAGAAAAAGUACUCUUGUGGUUUGCAUAAACCUGGCUUACACUUUGCGAUUCAUUGCGUUCCGAAUUUCAAAGAAAUUGUGAUAACACUUUAUAUGGACAUUCCAGCUGAUAAAAUCUUACGGAUUAGAGUUCAGAAUAGUGGUAGGACUACUGAAAUCGAAAUUCAGUCCAGUUUGAGGCUCCCUGAAUGAAUAAAAACAAAUUCAAUUCCAAGUCGUAAUGACGUCAUCAUCGGCUGCGACUUGAAGCCGAUUUGGACUUUACUCGGACCACAGGGCUUGCCGCAAAGUAAAAAUAUGAUUUUAGUAUUUCUUACAUCAUGCCAAACUUUAAAUAAAAUUAUUCUACUUCUUGCAACUUUCAUAUUUAAUGCGAAACGUGAUUUCUUGAAAAAGCGUAUUGGAUCGGAUCGCACAGAGUGAGACGGGCUUAACAUAUGUAACCUAUUUGUGUAUGAUGAAUGAUGCAAUUAAUAUUUCAAUUUAUAUCAGUUGUAAGUCUUUGGCAAAUCAUGUACAUGUAAUUCAAAGAAAAAUAUAUCUCCUUUUAAAGACAAUUUACCUGAUAAACAUGCAAUUAAUAUUUUGAUUCAGGAUAUUGCAAUCAUGUACUUUAAAGAGCAAUGCAUCCCCUUCUUUUAUAAGGCAUAUAUACAGUAGUUCCUAUUAGGUUAGCCUGAACAGAAAGCCAAAUUUAGCAGCUGCUUUUAGCAAGCAGGAAUCUUGGUCAAGGUUUUUCUCUUCCAAUCCACUAACAUCUGCGUAGACAGUAGGAAACACAAUAGGGGUUUAGGAAAGAUCCUGUGUAAUCCCAUAUUCAGCACAACAUAACACGUGGUGAAACCAUGGACGGGAAUUCGUUUAAAGUGAUUGGUUAACAUUGGUUUGACUUUUAACAAAUCUGAGCUAGAAGGUCACACUUGUCACCUGUGUCUGUGAUAUUUUACAAAAAUGAAGCCCAGAAAAAAUUGUGUUCGAAAAUAAUUAUUUAGUGCUUCAAAAAUUGAAAUAUAAAGUGACCGAAAACACCAUCGUAAUUUUGUCCCAUACACUUAUGUGUACUAUUUAGGCGUCUAUAAGACGCCUAUUUACAAAAUCGGGGUUUGUCUUGUAGUUUUAGCUUUUCAUUCUCAAUAAUGGUUGUUUUCAGGGUUUAUUAGUUCUAAUACAUGCACUUGUACACAUGUUUCAUCUUGGUUUGAGAAUUUUUUUAAUCGGCUGCUCACAAAGUUAAACAAUACCUUUAAGAGCAUUACAAGAAAGGGUCAGCAUUUUGGAUGUACUUGAGCAUUUUUAUUAGGAGCUUUGUCUGAUUUCUGUGUGACCUCACCUCACAUGGUCUAAUCCUGUUUGUCUACUAACAGUUCCUCUAUUAAUCAUUUUGGCUAAUUGCCAUUUAGCCCUUUUUAUUGUACUGUUUUGUCUAUCUUCCAGUUGGGCUAUACCAAUUUCAUCCAAUAACUUGGUCUAACAUCACUCAGUUUAAAUGAUGUAAUGAAAUAGUUAUGAAUCAACUUUUCAUUUGACAAAGUGCAAACUGAUAAGUAGACCAAGUGAAAAUUAGACCAUCUGGUCAUUAGACUAAAUGAUUGUUACACUGAGUAUUAGACCAAGUGGUAGUUGGACAAAACGAGGAGGGGGGGUUCAUGAUUUUUUGGCUUGAAUUUUACUUCUUUUUUCAAGCUCUUGUCACAGUAGUAAAAGCCUUUGCUAGGAAUUGGAAAUACGCUUUGCUAUGUUGAUCCUUCAGCUUCUUCUGCAUAUUUUGCAGGCGUUGUCUUUGCUCCCUUAUUUCCUUACUUUGGGUACUUGUUAUUCUUGUAUUGGAAUUUGUUAUCCUUCAGGGGUGGUAUUCUGAAAACGUUCUUAUCUUUGUCCUUAUCUUUGUUCUUAUCUCAAUGAGAUAAGAAGACGCUAAAAUCAUUGCAAAUCGGUAUUCUGAAAAUCUUCUUAACGCGUUCUUAUCUCUAGCUUCUGUAAGGACUGCCUUCUUCUUAUCUUCAACACGCCCAUUUUUAGGAUAUUACCAAUCAAAAUGCACUUUAUAUUGGCAGUUUAACCAAUAAAAGCGCUUCUUAUAUCAAGAGAAUAUAUGCGCACUGUGCGUAUAUUAAUUACUUAGCGUAAUUGUAUAAUUGCGCGAGAUAUAUACGCUAAUAUAAUACUACCAAGAUUAUUCUUAUUUAUUAACACGUGUACACGUGCUCAAAAAUAAAUUCAUCACACGACAUCCAUAUAUUCUAUCAAUCAUGGACAAGCACAGAAAUAAGAACUUCAGCAUCGAAGAAGUCAUGGUUUUGGUUUCAGAGGUGGUGGCCAGGAAGGAGAUAAUCGUCGGGGCCAUUUCAUCAACCAUCACCAACGCCAUGAAAACUAGGGUGUGGGAUUGCAUAAGCGAGAAAGGGAGGCGGAGGUCAGCGGACGAAGUCAGAUAAAAGUUCGCCGUUGAAAAGAGUAAAGUUAAGAAGAAGGCAGCGGAAAUCAAGCGGUCAUCAAGAGCUACAGGAGGUGGACCUGCUCUCCCCCCUCUAACUGAGUGGGAGGAGGUCCUGAGGGAUUUUAUUGGAGAGGAGGGAAUCUCUGGAUGUGCGAGUGACGCCCUCGAGACCUCCGUCAACUCAACCAACUCAACGGCAACUAUUACACCGGCUGUCGAGAUUGAAUCAGAGAAGGACGCACUUCUCACCUUGGCAUCAAUGGCAAAUGGAUGUCAAAAGAUCGCCGUAGAUGUUUCUGAUGAUGUAACUCAACUUGACACACCACAGUCUCGGCGCAAGAGAAGGCGAAGCAGUGAUGAAUUUGCUGACGUCUGGGACCGGUGGUUAAGGUUAGAGGAAGAGCGGAUAACCGUUGAGAAGGAGAGACUUGAGGUUGAGAAGGAACGUCUGCGGCUCGAACAGCGGAGAUUCGAUCGCGAAGACGAGAUAAUCAGAUCACAAUGGGAAUCACAGUCAUCUUUUGUUGACCUGAGAUGAAGUCUCGAGAGGAAUGCCGCCGUAUACUCACUGCUGCUUAUGAGGAUGCAUCGUACUUGUUUAAUAAUCGCUAUACCAAAUUUAUAGCACAAUAAAAUAUUGUCUGAAUACAAAAACAUACUAUUUCGUAGUGUAUUUGUAUGCUCGUCAAAUAUUGAGAAAUUGGAAUAUCGUCUCUCAUAAAAUUCCCUUUUUGCUAUUGCAUAAACCGUAUGAAUUAACCAAAUGUUCAUAUGGAAACGAGAACCAAAUAACUGGUAAAGACGAAAAAAGGCCAAAUCGGUCACGAUAAUCAAAUCAUUCACUGUGUGAACCAAGUUCGAAUGAUAUCGUUCCUGACAUCAAUUCCUCCUCGAUCACGAUUGUUCACUGCUACGUCUUGGCCUACCCCUGGUUGAUUAGGGUCAUUUGCAAGCUGAACUACGUCAUCCGGGAGGGGGAUGCGUCUUUGCAGACAAAUAUUGUGCAGGACACAACAGUUCAUGAUGAUUUUACAGGUGAAAGAGAAUAUAAAGAUGAUACAUUUUAUUUCAAAAUACCACUCAAAAGGUAUUUUCAAGAACUUCGAGUUGUCAAAAUAUUUUUUCCCAACAUGAAAGAAAAUAUUAGCUCUGAAAGAUCAACAUUCAUAUUCCCCAAGUAAGCGUACUACCACCCCCCCCCCAAAAAAAAAAAAAGUUUUUAUCAAACAAGCAAGAGGAAAUUCUCGUAUCAAAAUUUCACAAACUCAGUCUUUCUUCUGGGCAUCUGGGGCACAGUAAUAAAGCAAAAUUGC